AUGAAAUAAGCUACGAUUUUCUUGUCUGCAGCUUGUCCUUCAACAGAUGUGCACUUGGCACGUGUGAUGUCAACCAUUAAGGGAGCCAAACCAGAUACUGAAUUCCGUUUUGUUGGUAUUGGAGGUCCUUAAAUGGGUCAUGAGGGAUUAGAAACAAUUGGAGUUGAUUAUCAUGAAUUCCAAUACAAACCAUUCUUCCCAUUCAGAAAUUUCUAUAGAUUGGCGUACACUCUAUUGCUAAGUUAGUACUGAGAAUGCAAUGCAUCCAGUCCAUAUGUACAAGAGAUGGAUCAAUAAAAAAGUCUUGAAUAAACUUGAUAAGUAAUACUUCGAAAUUGUUUAACAUUACCAACCAUCAGCAUUCUUGAAUUUCGAAAAUGAAUUCUUCAUGAUUCAAUUCUACAAGAAAUUAAGAGAGUCCUAUCGCCACUUCAAUCGCAUUUGUCCUCCCACAUUCCAAUAUGGUUUGACCCAUAAAGAUUAACCACAAUAUGGUUAAAAGUAUGUAGAUCAUUGGUUCACCAGAACUCCAUUGAGACAAGUACAAUAUCAUAAAUAUCUAAUCAAAGAGCAAUUGGGAGAAAUUCACCUUCCCUCACACAUAAGUAGGACCAGAUGGACUUUAUAGAGCAUUCAGACAUCUCCUGUCCAACAGUCCUCAGUACAAGGAUUUGGUCACUAGUGAUACCAUCUAUCUCCCAGGAGGUGAAUUCUUCAGAUUUGAUGACUUCCUUGCUGAUAGAGUCAAUGAAUAAAGAAAGACAUAUAGAUAAUAAUAAAAUAUCGGAGAUCAGGAAUUACUCAUUUUUGUUGCAGGUGGUAAUACAUCAAAAGAAAUACCAUUCUGUCUCAAAACUGUUGCUGAGGGUAUCUCAAGAUUCCUCAAACUUGAUGAAAUGAAGAACUACCCACCUGAUCAAAUCAAAAUCAUAGUGUCAGUCCCAGAGUUUGUUGAACACAAAGACAAAACCAUCAAAACUAUCAAUUCCUUAAAAUGGCCAGCCAAAGUCAUCCAAGUCUAAACUGAAUCUGAAAAAUUCUCAGCCCUCGCUGCCUCUGAUAUCGGUUUAGCUUGCAAUGGAUAAAUUGUUGCUGAAUGUGCUGCAUUCCAAUUACCAACUGUAAACAUUCUAUCCCUAUCUCAUAGAUCAUCCUUGAUCCUAAACCAACUAUCUAAAUGUAUUACACCUCCCUCUACAAUGGCAUCGACAAUGACCUCAAUAUCGCAUACAAUGGAAUCGUCUAUCCGUAAUACUCAUCUUCAUUAUAAUUAGAGAAUUGGUCAUGUCCACAAUCCCAAAUAAAAUUGCUUACUCUUUAUUAGAACAUUAUCAAGAUCCUAAACUCAGAUAUUUCUAUGCUAAAUAAUAUGCUCCCGUCUUACAAAAGACCUUAGCCAAAUGUCAAUCUGCAGUCCCCACAGAAUUAGUAUCUUAUUCAUAAAUCUUUCUAGGCAAAUAGAUUCAAUAGUGUCUAAUUAACUGGCUACAGUUCUGCCUAUCAAGUCAUUGCCAAUACAGUCUUGAAAGCAGCCCAAGUCUAUGAACACAUCCACUAAUAAAGUAAUUUUACUACUUAGUAAAAUGAAAACUUAAGAAUUGAAGCUAUGUAAGGUUUGGGAUGGGCUAAAGGAUUAUGAAACAUAUAGUCACAUUUAUAAAUCAAAAC